AUGGAGAGACAAUGGAGUUUCUCUGUCAAGUCCACAAGAGCCUUGGCGUUGAUUAUUACGACAAUCUCCUCCGCCAUUGUUUUCUUAACCUUCUUCUCCAAUUCCUUAAUCAGAUCGAACUCGUCUCUUUACCCAACCACAGACUCUAACUUCCAGAUCGAUUUGAGCCCUAUUGCAUCCAUUUCCGAUUCUUCUUUAGUUUCCUCUCGAGCGAGCCAGAUUCUGGUCUCCACCCGUUUCAACCCGCCCGAAAACACUUCCGGGUCCGCGAAAAUUCCGGGUUUUGAGCAAAAGGCUCGCGGCGGCGAGAGUUUUGUUAAGGAAGACCAAGUCAUUAUCGCUAAUCUCACUUCAAUCAAAGUGAUUGAACUUCCGAGCAACAAUGGCGAUGAAGAGAAGAAGAAGAAGAAGAAAGGAAUCGAAGAGUGUGAUGUAACGAAAGGGAAAUGGGUCCACGACGAUGAAUAUCCAUUGUACACGAAUGCGUCUUGUCCCUUCAUCGACGAAGGAUUCGGUUGUCAAACCAACGGAAGAUUGGAUCUUAAUUACACCAAAUUCAGAUGGGAGCCUCGAGAUUGCGAUGCUCCGAGGUUCAAUGCAACGAGAAUGCUGGAAAUGAUAAGAGGGAAGAGGCUAGUGUUCGUUGGAGAUUCAAUCAACAGGAACCAGUGGGAAUCAAUGCUUUGUAUGUUGUUUCAAGCUGUGAAAGAUCCCAAGAAAGUCUACGAGACGCACAACCGGAGAAUCACCAAAGAGAAAGGCAACUACAGCUUCCGUUUUGCGGACUACAAAUGCACAGUGGAAUUCUACGUUACUCAUUUCUUGGUUCGAGAGGGCAGAGCAAAGAUUGGGAAGAAGCGAAGAGAGACGCUUAGAAUCGACGCUAUGGAUCGAACCUCUUCCAGAUGGAAAGGUGCUGAUAUCUUAGUGUUCAACACAGCUCACUGGUGGUCUCAUUACAAAACCAAAUCAGGGAUCAACUAUUACCAAGAAGGAAACGAGAUUCAUCCGAAGCUCGAUGUAUCAACAGCUUUCAAGAAAGCAAUGCAGACUUGGUCAUCUUGGGUUGACAAAAACGUCGAUCCAAAGAAAACUCGAGUCUUCUUUAGAAGCGCUGCACCUUCUCAUUUCAGUGGAGGACAGUGGAACUCAGGAGGGCAUUGCAGAGAAGCCAAGAAGCCGUUGAAUCAAACCUUCAAGCUGAGUGACUCAGCGGGCAAAAACACCAUUGUUGAGGAAGUGCUGAAGCAGAUGAAAACGCCGGUGACUCCCUUGAACGUUAGCGGUUUAUCUCAGUACAGAAUCGACGCUCACCCUUCUAUUUACGGAGUAAAACCGGAAAACCGGCGUUCGCAAGCUGUCCAAGAUUGCAGUCAUUGGUGUCUCCCUGGUGUUCCUGAUACCUGGAAUCACUUACUUUACCUCCAUUUGCUCCAUAAACGAUGA